GAACUGCUCGCUUUCGAUUGCUGUGUUCACAGAACAGUGACUCCUACAUGAACCACUCCAGGAAACAAAGAAGCCACAGAGAGAGAAGAGAAAGAGUCUCAGCCCCCUUCCUCGCUGUAAUUAAUUUAAUAAGAAGCUGACUCUCCUGUGCUUUUGUCUUUAUCAGCUCAAUUUAACACUAAAUGGCUCUCCUGCUCUGGUAAAAUGAUUGUGCUCGUGGGAACUAAGGUGCUUUGGAUAAUACACAUGACCCACAACACAUGAGGGCCUGGAGCAGAGCAGGGACUGUUCACUUCACCCGUAUCAGUGGGUCUGCUCUGCAGUGAACAUGGCCCUGCUGAUAGCGCCGGUUGGCAAACACUGCGCAGGCUUCGCUAACAAGAUCACCUCACCCCCCCAAAGAGCCCUGUAACCAAUGGCAGCGUCAGUCCAGACUCUUCCUCUGACCCGUGGCUCCGACAAAAACUUCCGUAACCCUUUCCCAGCCCCGCCCCUCUCCUCCCGUUUCGGCAUGGGAAGCGUAGGCAGUCUGGUGGAGAGGCCCGAUGUGUCUCCGACUAAAGGCAGCCGCGCCGUCCCCCAGGUGAGACCCAAGCAGACCAACGGCCUCCUGAAGAAGGGCUUCACCCAGAGAGAGCUGCUCAACUACCUGAACAUCACCAGAAAAGAACCUAAAACCCACCCAGGCAGUGAUGGAAAGAAGGACAUUAUCUCAGGCCUCAGCUCUGCCAGCGGCCGUGAAGAUGACAUGUACGCCAAGGUCUUCCAUAAAGACGGCACCGAAGUAGAUCUGACAAAGAACUCACUGCCAAGUGGGGGCAAGUAUGAAAAGGCUCGUUUUAGAUCAUCGGCCUUCAAGCCCGUCACCCCGAAAAACUUCAGCUCCAUGCAAAACCUCUAUCCUUCUUCCAAGUCGGAGGAUGUGGACCAUGUGUCCAACGGGCUGCACAGAGCUUACGCCGAUGUCCCUAAAGCUGUCUCCACCUCCUCCUCGUCUUCCUCACCCUCACGUCCUGGACCGACAUCCAGUGGUAACAAGGCCGUCUCCUCUGUGCGUGGGCUGAGCCAGGAGGAUGAUAACCUGUCAGACUCGGGUCAUAACUCCAUGAGCAGCCUGCCGCCGUACCGACCUCCCUUCCGCCCACACCUGGCUCACAUCAGUGCGUCUAUGGGACACAUCAACACCAUCGGCUCCCUGGACCGCACCUCUAUGAAGGCGAAGGCCAUAGGGUCAGAGGGCGUGGCUAUUGGGGAGGUGGCGUGUCGGAGCAUGGCAACCCUGAGCCGUCUCGCUCCAUACGGAGGGGAGGCUCCACCCCCUUAUGAAUGGACACUGUCCCUGUCUGUGGAGGAGGUGGUGCGGGAUCUGGAGGAGCGUCUGGUGGAGAAAGAACAUGAGCUGAAGCAGAUGAAAAGAAACCUGGACGAGAGUGAGGGCGCCAUCGUUCAGGUGUUCGAAGGGAAGCAGCGUCUGUGGGAGAAGGAGGUGGAAGAGCUGAAGCGCCUGUACGCCGCCAAGCUGCGUCAGGUUUCCCAGCAUGCCCAGCGUUCCCAGCGCAGCCUCCAGUUGCAGUUGUUUAAGGCCCAGCAGGAGAAGAACCGACUGCAAGAGGAGCUCGACGGCCUGACAAAGGAAAGGAGCCAGGAAGCUGGAGCCAUAGUAAAGACAACCAGCCCAACCCUGGAGGAGACGCAGUGGGAGGUUUGCCAAAAGUCAGGGGAGAUCUCCUUGCUGAAGCAGCAGCUGAGGGGCUCGCAGGCAGAGGUGACCCAGAAGCUGAGCGAGAUCUUCCAGCUGAAGACGCAGCUCAGGGAGACGCGCAUGGAGCUGCGCAGCAGGGAGGGUCAGUUCGACGCACUGAAGCUCGUCCUGCAGGGGACACAGCGUCGCAGGUGUUCCUCUCAGAAUGCACGUGAAGACGGAAAAGGAGCUGAGGAGACUACUUCUGCUACAGGAGGGUGCGGGGGGCCCACGGAGGAGCGUCUGCGGGCAGAGCUCCUGCUGGAGCGACGCCAGAGCGAGGCCCAGGUCAUGGCUUUCGAGGAGGAGAGGCACACAUGGCAGACGGAAAAGGACAAGGUCAUCCGUUACCAGAAGGAGCUGCAGGCCGGCUACCUGGAGAUGUACCACCGCAAUGAGGCGCUGGAGAGGGAACUGCACCAGCUGAGGGCGGGCAGAGAGCAAGGAGCAGGAGCAGGAGGAGCAGAAGGAGGAGGCGGAGGGAGCAGAAACGGAACAUUGGAAAGAGAAGUGCCAGAGCAGAGGGGUGAGAGCGUGGGGGAAGAACAAGAGCAAAGACCUUCCUCUGCUUUGCCGUGGAUAGAGAGGAUCGAAUCAUCUGAAAUUUGAUUGGGACACAUUUGCGAUGCAAACUAUUUUCUCCCUGAAGUAUGGAAGCUACGGAAGAACAGGUCUACCAGGAAAAGAAAGAAAAAACAUCCAAAAAUCUAAAUGAAAUCUGUAAAAGACCAAAUUUUACUGGAAUAAUUAGUAAAAGAAAAUUGUAGAAAUUAUGAUAUUGAAGAUCAAAAAUAUUACUUCCUGAGAGGAGAUUAUGUGAUGCAAAUUAAUUUUUUUACAGACUAUGUAUUAUUAUUAGUAUCAAUAAUACCAAAGUUUUACCUAAAAUACCUCAAAAUCGUGAGUUAAGAAAUAAUCAGAUAAGAUGUGAAAAUAAUAGGCGAUAAUAAAUCUGGGUUAAUGUCGUGAGUCAAACAAUUUGACUCAAAUUAAAUGUAAGUAAAAUUAGGUACAAUCUCAUUAUUAUGACCAGAAAGUCAACAUUCUGACAAAUUCCCCCUCCUUUUAUCUGAAAUCAUCUUUGGAUGCAUUGAAUUAAGUUUUUGUUUUUAACUUUUCAUUGAUUUGUUUUUCUUUUCGUGGUGGAAUUAGGCUUCUACAGGUCCUGCCUGCUUCUGCCCAUGCACCCUAGUUUAUUGUUUAACGCUGUUUCCUAUAAGCUCGUACAGAAACACAGUAAUGGCUGAACAGGAGUACAGUCUGUGCCUCGUCUGUAGAGUUCAGAUUGUGAUAGUGUCAGUUUUGUAUAAAAUGCAGCUGAGCUCCAGCAAAGCACCUCGACUGUCCUGCUUCAGACUUCUGUCCAAAUAUAAAUCUGUAAAUGUACUGUGACUGAUUUGUGUUUAUUUGGUUGCUACUGUUUGGUUUGGACAGUAAACUAAGGAUUCAAAGGGAAGCGCAGGAACACCUCUGCACCUGUGUGUGCAGACGGUCAGCUCUGUGGAUUCACCUGGGCUCUGGGAGGAAAGCUGCGUCUCUGGGUUAAGUAUGGAGGAUUAAAGCUGUCUGGUGCCAAGGUACUAAUGCUGACUCUGUUUACCCCGCUGAAGAAACUGGAAAUGUCGGACUUCUGAUACCAAUAUAUUUUGUACAUAACUGUCGUUUGAUUUGCCUUCUCUCAUUGUACAGCACUCUGUUGUCUUAAACGGACCUUUUCCCAUAUCUUCUGAUUGCAAUGGAAACAAUCAGCAGAUUCAGAUGAUGAAUACGACUGCUCUGCUUAUUGGUGCGACCUGUUGCACAUCACCGAACCAACAACAUCAAAUGCAUGACGUGGGUGGAGUUGUUUCUAUCGUAUUGUUUAUCAUUAAUAUAAGAACGUUCCGAAACCAGCUCUCAAUCCACCUUUCAACAAACUGUGACUCUCGUGUGUUUACUGGAAUUAAAACUGUAUUCUUUCUAACUGGAUUCAUAAUAAACUGCUUUGAAGUGG